AUGGGAGCCGAAGCGGCGAGGGUUAUGACUUGGGACGAGUUUAAGGUACCAUUCCUUAAACACCACAGUCCCAAAGCGGUUAUUAACAGAAUCAAAGAAGAAUUCAUCCAGCUGAGACAAAAGGGUGAAACAAUCGAUAAGAUCACGGGCAUCUUCAUGGAUAAGCUCAGAUUUUGUGACGAGUUAGUCACCACUGAAGAACAAAAGAUAUAUUACUAUUACAACAUGCUGAGUGCUGAAUACCGGGAAUUUAUGACUCCGUCAAAAUACGAGACCCUCACGGAGAUUAUCAACACCGCCCGGGAACGUGAAAUCGAGUUAAAGAAACAAGUGGAAAGAGGUGAGCGAAGGGCACACGAUGUAAAUCCAAGCCCUACAAAGAAAGCCCGAACGGGAGAAUCGGGAAAGAAGGUGGAUGCUAAGGGUGGGUCGCCAAAUUGUAAAGUCUGCGGGAAAGGACACAAGGGGGAAUGUCGAUUCAAAGACAAGCCAUGCCCCAUAUGUAAUAAGACGGGGCACACAGCCUCGCUAUGCCCGGGAAAAGUAUCAGUUUGCUACAAUUGCUAUCAACCCGGCCAUAAAAAGUCCGAAUGCCCGGACUUAGUUGGAAAGAAAGACGCGAAGGAGUCUCCAGCAGAAGCCCCCAAAGCAAAGGCUAGGUCCUUCCAACUUACCGCAGCUGAAGCGAAAACAGAACCCGAUGUGGUUUCAGUCGUCGGGAUGGAUUGGCUAGCCCAGAACCAUGCAAAAGGAGGUAACCCCAUAGUGUGCUCAAUGAUGAAAGCUCAUAAGCUUAUGAAGCGAGGAUGCAAGGCGUUCAUGAUAUACGCAAACGAGCCUAAGAAAGAAUCACGGAAGAUUGAAGAUGUACCGGUAGUAAGAGACUUUCAAGAUGUAUUUCCGGAGGAUUUACCGGGAAUACCGCCUGAACGGGAAGUGGAGUUCGGAAUCGAAUUGAUUCCGGGCGCAAAACCCGUGGCCAAAGCUCCAUACCGACUCGCACCGUCGGAGUUACAAGAGUUGAUGUCCCAAAUCCAAGACUUGCUUGAUAAGGGGUUCAUUAGGCCGAGUGUGUCUCCUUGGGGCGCACCGGUGUUGUUCGUCAGAAAGAAAGACGGAAGCAUGCGAAUGUAUUUCUCCAAGAUUGCGUUACCGCUAACAAAGCUAACCCAAAAGAAAGAGAAGUUUAUUUGGGGUGUCGAUCAAGAAAGAGCGUUUCAGACGCUAAAAGAGAAGUUAACACAAGCUCCGGUACUGACAUUGCCGGACGGGGUCGAAGAUAUGGUAGUUUAUUCGGAUGCUUCACUGUCGGGCUCGGAUGCGUUUUGA